GUGGUAUGUUAAAAACUAGAUAUCUAGCUCUAGCUAGAUGCAGACUCGAGACUACUGACUAGACUACAUUACUGCUGGCAACCCUAACACUAGUUGGUAAAACUUCCACUAGUCGUGACUAGUCACUUGGACUUGACUAAUAAUCACAGAAACUAGAUUCUUUAGAGUUAGCUGGUCAUGGACUAAUGCAGUUGGUCAUGGACUAAGAUGGACAGCAAUGCAAAUAAAGAAAUAACAUUAGGGUCUGACGAAGAUGAAUGUAACGUCACAGAAUCAACUGAUUUCCCGUUCUGGCUAUAUCCCAUGAGGAGAGACAUGCAGGAGAUCAUUCCAGGAUUGUUCUUAGGACCCUAUGCCUCAGCCAUGAAAUCUAAACUUGAAGACUUGCUGAAGGCAGGUAUCACUCAUAUCAUCUGUAUCAGGCAGUCCAUAGAAGCAAAGUUUAUCAGGCCAAAUUUUCCUCAACAUUUCCAAUAUCUUGUCCUUGAAGUGGCUGACUGCCCCACAGAAAAUAUUAUCAAGCAUUUUAAACCGACAAAAGAAUUUAUUGAUGAUUGUCUGGACAAUAGAGGAAGAGUUUUGGUUCAUGGCAAUGGAGGAAUUUCCCGAAGUGCUGCUAUUGUCAUUGCUUACGUGAUGGUGAAAGGCACAAUGUCUUACAGAGAAGCAUUUGCCUAUGUACGUAACAAAAGAUUCUGUAUAAGUUUAAAUGAAGGAUUUUCACAGCAGCUACUUGAAUAUGAGCAUAUCUACAGAGCAGAGUUGCUUUUUGCUUGUCAAACAUCAGCACAAUCAGGAAAAAGGAAAAGAUUUGAUUUAGAAAUGGAUUCUGAGCAAACUUUCCCCAAAUGAGGUCAAGUUCAAGGACUGUCAGCUUCUUUGACGUAUUUUGUUCGGACAGGAACAACUUUCUGAACAGAAAGCUAAUUAUCGUGUUUGUUGGUAACUCAGAGAUAGCAAUGUUGUUUGUACCAAAAUGUUGGUCUCGUGUUUUCCCUCAAAGGCCAAGUUAACUUUGGAGGAGAGUUCAGACAUUGAGAAGGAUUUAUUGUUUAGGUUAUAAGAGCAUCAGUUCUGAUAUUAUCAGAAUAUCCAGUAUACAAAAUUCAGAAGUAUUGCUUAGCUAUGUAUUAUAGAUUUUUUUUCUUAACACUGCAGAUUCUACGUUCUAAGCUCUAAUUCUUGUAGCACAAAUACAUUUUUUUUUCAUGUUUAGUUGGCAACAGUGAGUUUGUAAUACAGGAGAAAAAAUAUGCAGGUCGUAACUGAGUUUGUAUAGUCGUGUGAAACACUGCACUCAUUCUUCGUCUUUGGAAUACAAGAUAUUGCCAUUACUAUUAUUAUCCUUUAUUUUGUCUAAUUUUAUGUUUUCAAAAUCUCUGCCUAUCUUCCUCUUCUCAGUUAUCUAUGGUUGAAGUUUCAUUACAUCAGCCCUACAUUUCUCUAUGAGACUCUUUUUCUUUUUUAUUGCCUAAAGAAUCUGAAUGUUAACUAGAAAUUAAAAAAAUCAAAAUCUUUAAAGUGCAGAUAACUGUGAUGAACUUUUGUGUCGGAGAAUCUCCCCUGACCACAAACUGGUGCAACAUAAACAUUUUUAGAUCUUUUUUUUUAUAGCCACAUUUAUUUCCUAUCGAUUUUUUUAUGUUAUGAAAAUAAAAUAUGGGAAAUUGUAAAACCACUGCUAAGUUGAUAUUCUAGUGUUUUUGAUUGAGGAGUGCACAGUUUCCAUUACACAUACUACUGGUUUUGGGUUCAAUAGUCUUUAAUGCAAUUUGUUUUGGCUUGUUUUGGUUAGGACAGGCUCCAAGAUUUGAGCCAAAUCCUCCAACGAGUGAUAGCUAAGUGAUGUCCUCCUCCUCAGGUUGAAUGUUUAUACCUUUGCCAACAUGCUGUAUUGAUGAUAAUCUAGAAUAGUUCAUUGAGCCUGUUCCUAAUAUGAUUUGUUGGCCCAUCUAUUUUCAUGUGAUGUGGAAAUGGCAUAUACAUAUGUUCUUUACUAAGUAUUUGUAACAGUUUAGUUGGACAUACUUUUUGAAUUUCAUGUGAUUUUUUUUUUUGUUAUUGGGUUCUUUUCUUGGGGCUAUAUUUAAAAAUUGACUUGAUUCAUUUAUUUUCAUUUUCCCAGAGUUUAAAACUGUAUUUACCUUUUUUGUAUAUUAGUUUUAUUUCCUUGUUAAGAUGUUUAUUAAAAUUGCUAAAAUUUUGAUGUUGAAAUUUUUUGUUUAUGCAUUCCUUCAGUUUGAAUGUAUUUGAUUACCUCCCUGUAGUGUUCAUAUUUUUUUUCAAGACUUGAACUCAGGUAAUGUUUGUGUGUACCGGUACUAUUUAGGCCAAGAUUAGGCUUUAGAGUGUCUUCCUUUCCACAGAAUAUUGGUCUGCAUGCUGCACGUGUGUGGGGCAUUGAAAAUGUUCUUUGUCUAAUAAACUGAAACAACUUUUUGUUGUUAUGUUUCUUGGAGGCAGCACAUGAAAUGUAACUAUUGACAUUAGUGCUAGCACUUGAGAAGUCCCUGGUUAGAAUGCAUUCAAUAAAAAUCAUGGGCAGAUAAGAGUGCAGUCACUAAAAUCAUGGGCAGAUAAGAGUGCAGUCACUAAAAUCAUGGGCAGAUAAGAGUGCAGUCACUAAAAUCAUGGGCAAAAUUCCUGGUUAGAGUGCAUUCUGUAAGAUCAUGGGCAAAUGAGUUAGGGUUGUCUGACUUAAUCUUAUUUCAAUAUUAACAAGACAUUUAUUGUUGUGUGUAGUUUUUGUUCAAGUAGUAUGUUUUGAAGUAUUAGUUGCUAUUUUUAGUUUCUGAGAUGGGUAAGAAUUUCAUUCAAUAACUUGGUGCUCCUUAUGAAGAGUAUCAAAGCCUACAUCAUAGCAGUGUAGGAAUUUUAAUGAACUGUCAGCAGCCAGUUUGAUGGAUAACAUUUCUCUGCACUCUAUGAAUCUCAGGUAGAGUCCAUGACAUUCUGUAGUACAGCCAUCUGUAACCAAAGGUGGCGUAAUGUUUUUGCUUUGUACUACUUUUUUUUAAGAGUACAAAUUAAGCAAUAAAAAAAAGGUGGUAAAUAUAUGUAAUAAAAACAAGUUCCUGGCAACUACUGGAAUAUAUUCUUUUAAAAAUAAAGUUCAAGCAAAAUAAAAUGUUGAUAUAGCUAAAAAUAAGUACUAUUUAUUAUUCACACAUUUUUUUUUUCCUUUCAUUAUCACUGCUAGGUAGUUACAACUUUGUACAUCUAUGUUUAAAUUUUGAAAAAAAUUUAGGUAAAUUUAUUUUGAAAGUCACUAUUUAGUUUUCUUUAUCCAUAUGAAUGUUGUUGUUUUUUUUAAAGAUGCCUCUAUUUUUUAUUUUUAAAUCUAUUUCACCACUAAAAUUAUAUCUUUUUUAUGUUUAAUACCAAAGACUAGACUAUUUCAAAUAUUGGUUGGUUGUAAAUUUGUUUGGUUAACAAUAAUGUGUUUGUGUCAUUAAAUUAUCGGACCUAAUAAA